CGGUUGGGACUCCACGGCCACGAGUCGCGAUUGGUCGGCUGUAGACGGGACCUUUCCGGUGUCCAGGUGUGGGUUCUUUGGCUGAAAUAAGAAAAUGGAGCCGUGCACGGCGGCCCGUGCUUGGUCUCUCUUAUGGCUGCUGCUACCCUUGCUUGGCUCGGUCUGCGCCAGCGGCCCCCGAACUCUAGUGUUGCUGGAUAACCUCAACUUGCGGGAGACGCACUCGCUUUUCUUCCGGAGCCUGAAAGAUCGGGGCUUUGAACUCACAUUCAAGACCGCCGAUGACCCCAGCCUAUCCCUCAUUAAGUACGGGGAGUUCCUCUAUGAUAAUCUCAUCAUCUUCUCCCCCUCGGUAGAAGAUUUUGGAGGCAACAUCAAUGUGGAGACCAUCAGUGCAUUUAUCGACGGGGGAGGCAGUGUCCUGGUAGCUGCCAGUUCAGACAUAGGUGACCCUCUCCGAGAGCUGGGCAGUGAGUGUGGGAUCGAGUUUGAUGAGGAGAAAACAGCUGUCAUCGACCAUCACAACUAUGAUGUCUCAGACCUCGGCCAGCACACGCUCAUCGUGGCUGACACUGAGAACCUGCUGAAGGCCCCAACCAUUGUUGGGAAAUCAUCUCUAAAUCCCAUCCUCUUUCGAGGAGUUGGGAUGGUGGCGGAUCCCGACAAUCCUUUGGUCCUGGACAUCCUGACGGGCUCGUCUACCUCUUACUCCUUCUUCCCAGAUAAACCCAUUACCCAGUACCCCCACGCGGUGGGGAAGAACACCCUCCUGAUUGCCGGGCUUCAGGCCAGGAACAACGCCCGGGUCGUCUUCAGCGGCUCCCUCGACUUCUUCAGCGAUGCCUUCUUCAACUCGGCAGUGCAGAAGGCCACGCCUGGUGCCCAGAGGUACUCCCAGACAGGCAACUAUGAGCUAGCUGUGGCCCUGUCCCGCUGGGUGUUCAAGGAGGAGGGUGUUCUCCGUGUAGGACCUGUGUCCCAUCAUCGGGUGGGCGAGACAGCCCCACCCAAUGCCUACACGGUCACUGAUUUAGUGGAGUACAGCAUCGUGAUUGAGCAGCUCUCCAAUGGCAGGUGGGUCCCUUUUGAUGGUGAUGACAUUCAGCUGGAGUUUGUUCGCAUAGAUCCUUUCGUGAGGACCUUCUUGAAGAGGAAAGGUGGCAAAUACAGCGUCCAGUUUAAGUUGCCCGACGUGUACGGUGUGUUCCAGUUUAAAGUGGAUUACAACCGACUGGGCUACACCCACCUGUACUCUUCCACUCAGGUGUCAGUGAGGCCACUCCAGCACACGCAGUAUGAGCGCUUCAUCCCCUCGGCCUAUCCCUACUAUGCCAGUGCCUUCUCCAUGAUGGCGGGGCUCUUCAUCUUCAGCAUCGUCUUCUUACACAUGAAGGAGAAGGAGAAGUCUGACUGAGGGGCCAGAGCCCGGGACUCUGCAGCGGAGAGCGGAGGGUUUUUACCAGGGCGGGUUGGUGAUCUCGUUUUGUUUGUUUUGUUCUGAAGCCGUGGGAAACGGCACAGCCUUACCUCAGUCGGGGGGUGCAGCGUUGAGCACCAGGGGGAGGGGCCAGAGAAUCAUUUUUUAUGCAUUUUUUUCCACCUUGAAUUGUGGUGUUUUUCAUAUGUGCAGUCACUCCCAUUUCUAAAAUAAAGAGAACUGUUGCCCCCACACUUUCCCUGCCCGAGCCUGCUUUGCUCUCACGCAUCCCUAGAUGCCCACUAAUAAGUGGCUCCUUUUAGUUUUGCCAAGACUCAACUAGGAAAUGAUCCUAACUUCUCCUCAAAGGGUAAAAUAAAGUUGUUAAUACAGA